AUGGCGGCUCCCGGUGGGAUGCCUGCUCGGUCGCUCCGGGCGAGCCCCCGGCAACCGGUCAACAACUCUAACGUAGCCCGCAGUGGCCUGGCGCCGCAGGCGCCUACGCAGACCCUCACAGUCUCCGCGGCGCUGCGUUCGUCCGCCUCGCGCCGCCAGCCUUCGCCGGCGAGCAGCAUCUACGAGAGGCGCAGCAUCCCCGCCGCCAAGCCUCCAGGCAGCGGCGCACCUGGGCAAGAGCUGCUGCGGCGUUCCAUGAUUCCGCAGGCCUCACCCAGCGGCGCGCCUUCCGUGAGCGUCUACCAGUCCUCGUGCGCCCGCCUUCCCCAGGGCGCUGGCGGACAGAGCGAGGGGAGUCUUUCGAAUCGCUCAGGAGUUGUGGCGCCGUUCGCACAGAGUCAGGCUCCUCCUCUCGCCUCGCCCUCUCCCGUGUUAAUGCCGCCGGCAGUCCUGUCGUCUUCCUUCAUCGAGGGCGCUUCGCUGGAGCAGCUGAAAUUCAUGAGGCUUCAGCUUCUUCAGGAGCAGAAUUCGCAUCAGCAGAGGAUGGCCCAGCUGAACAGAGAGGCCGCCGAGCUGCAGGAGACGCUGCGAGGCCAACAGGCGACUGUGUUGGCGCUGCAGAAGAAGCUGGUUGAUCAGCAGCGCGCGUUCCAGGAUGAGCUUGCCGCGAUACGUCUCUCUGCGCCGCUGGCGUUCGUCGCGCCCUCGCCUGAAGGCUCCUACAAACCGCGCGAGCUCGCGCCGCUGGGAGGGUACCUGGCGGAGCCCUGGAGGCCCGCUUCUCCGCACAGCCCCGCGGUUGACCUGUUGCCCCAUAAUAAUCCAGGACACUUUACGCAGGGCGACGCGGCUCGCCUUCAGCAGCUGAAGGAAGCUGAGGCUGUGGUGUGUGAAUCACAGACGAAGCUCGAGGAGGUGCGACGCAUGCUGCAUCUCGCGAUUACGGAGGACGGGGAGGAGCCCAGCGCGCCGACUGCAGAAGCUUCGACGGAGGCGAUGACCAGUGCGGGCUCCACCGGGAAGCCUCAACCUAGUUUAAGCCCGUCGGGGCGUUCUUCAGCCGGGAGACUCCCGCUUAGCACUUUCGCGGACUCGCGGGUGUCGGGGGGGGGCACUGACCCAACUCCAUCGUCUGCGUCGAAUGUCUCGACAGGUUCCAAAGCCGGCAAGGAAAUCGCGUCCGGCUCCCGUCUCUCUGGAGCAACUCCGACAGCCACUAGCGGCGUACCGCCCUCCAUUGGGGGAGUGGUGACCGGCGGCCGCGUUGGCCAUUCCAGUUCAACUUUUUCUUCUUCUGGGUGCUUGCCUCAUGCGCCAGCGGGUGCUCCAGCGGCACUAAACGCGUCGACGAACAGCCCGGAAACGAUUUGGCCGGGGGCGGAGAAGGGUGCCGGCAGCGGCCUCGUGACGUCCAGAAGCGGUGUGAGUCGUCCUCUGGCGCAGUCGUUUGUUAUUCCGAGGAUCGUGACAACUCCAGCGGGUCUUUCGCUCAACAAGAGCGCUGCCAAAUCGCCGCCAUCCCCGGCGGGGACGGCGCCGACUCCCAGUGGCGUUGUGAGUUCCAGCGGUGGAGGCCCAUCCAGUCUUCGUAUCCCCUCUGGCGCGCUCCUGCAAGCCACGCCCUCGCCGCUGGUGCAGAGCAAGCACGCGGAGACGAGCCUCAAUGCCUCGAAGUCCCGCCUGAGCUCUGCGGUGGCGCGCAGCGGCUUCUUGAGAGCACCGCCUGGAGCGGCAGGAGGCGAGUGCAAAUCUGUGGCGCUGCCGAAUAUCAAGUCUUCAGGCGUGCUAAAGACCUCGACGCCAGUGGCGGAGCGCACCAAACAGGCAAGCGCAGAUCCACAAAAGUCGGUGCUGAACGCCAGCGCGACGAUGAGGCGCUCCACGGUGAUUGGCCAGGGGGCCCCAACUGCCGCUUCUCAGGUGCAGUUUCAGAAGGCGGCGCCGGAUGCAGAGGUGAUGCAAGGCCGGUUUCUGCCGAAGCAAGUGUUCGCGCCUCCGCCGAAUCUCCCGACAGCAAAGUUGAUGCCUGGAGAAAAGGCGCUUAUGAUCCCCGUACAUACAAGUGUAAGACUGCCAGGGUAG